GUAGUGCGGGCUGGUCCCAAUUCGAGUAGUGUAUAAAUAAGAGAUUCUUUGCAAGGAUUUAUACACACGUACAUAUAUAGUUAGCGGAUUUCAUUACAAGAUCAUAUAUACGAUGAUGAUAGGUAGACGGAGUUACAAUGUGUUUAUUAUUAUGUCCACCAAAUUGAUAUUUUUGGUUGCAGCAGCAUCACUAGCCCAAGGCGACAACGACGGAUAUAUCUGCUCUAGAGCUACCUACUACGGAAGCCCUGAUUGCAUUGGGAAUCCAUAUGGAGCUUGUGGGUAUGGAGAAUAUGGGAGGACAGUUUACAAUGGUGAGGUGAGUGGUGUCUCAAGACUUUACAAGAAUGGAAGUGGCUGUGGUGCCUGCUAUCAGGUGAGGUGUAAAAUCCCAACACACUGCAGUGAAGAGGGAACAAAGAUAGUGGUGACAGAUUACGGUGAGGGUCACGAAACGGACUUCAUUCUGAGCGCACGUGCCUACUCCAAUUUGGCUCUCCCUAAUCUUGCUCCUCAGCUCUUAGCCUACGGUGUUAUUGACGUCGAGUAUAAACGAGUCCCUUGUACAUAUGCCUCUAAUCUUGUUAUCAAAGUCCACCACCACAGCCAUUUCCCUACCUAUUUCGCCAUUCUACCUAUUUAUCAAGCUGGUACAUAUGAUAUCACCGAUGUUCAACUCUGGCUGGUAUGUACAUCUCUUAAUUCAUUACCUGUAAUGUUAGAUGCCGUUUCAAAUUUAGUAAUAACGUUUGACUUUAAACGUGAUUUUGACCAUUUUGUAGAGUAUUGCAAAGAAUGGAGGGGGAUGCGAAGGGUAUACGGAACAGUAUGGGACAUGGAAAAUCCACCAAUAGGGAUGCCUAUAAACAUGAGAUUCCAAUUAGUGAGCGGUGGAGCUGCUAAUGCUAAUGCUGAAGUUAAGUGGUUGCAGAUUGCAAACGUUAUUCCCACUGAUUGGAAGGCUGGAGUUGCAUACGACACUGGCUUUCAACUUUAAUUUAUUAUUAUUCAAUUUAAUUCUACCUUCUUCAUGUAUCCUACCCACAAAUAAUUAUUAAUUCGGCCUCCACUUGUGCUUAUAUAUAAAUAAUUAUGGCCGUCUUGAUAUCAAUAAAUAUUCUUCAUUUAGAUUAUUUAAUUAUUUAUACAUGCUACCACCUUUUAA